UAUGUUAAUUUGUAAUAAAUAUUGAGAAACUUAUUCAUUCAGUUGUAGCGUUCCCAUGAACUAAAACAAUGAAGCACAAUUUUUAUUACCUCAUUUUCAUAAUAAUUAGCCCUGUACUGUCUGAAAAAUGCGACAAUUUGGGGGUUUUAUUGUACGAAGACUUGGGAUGUUCGCCACAUUACGCCAAAUCUAAUCCGUGUCCUGCGAGCUACACUUGUCAUGCCUUGGAAACCUCAGACAAGCAUUGUUUUUACAAGGGCAAGAUUUACCAAAUUGGUGAAAUCGUAGAUAACCAAAUAUCUAAUGGCAGCUGUUACCAGUCAUGCCGCUGCACUAAAGAGAAGGAAUAUGCGAAUUUCCACUGUACGGUUUCGGAUUGUGACGAAUGGCUCGAUUCGCCGAUAGGACGCGGGUGUUACAGACAAUACUCCCUUGACGGUUGUUGUGCGAGUGGGCAAAGUUGUCCACCUUAUAACAAUGUCGCGAGAUGUGUAAUUGACGGUAAGGAGUACAAAGAGGGGGAGAGGUUCUACCCGGAGAAAACAUGCUUACGCUGCAUUUGUCAGAAGGGAUUUAGGGGUAAAUUAGAGGAGCCUUUCUGCAAAAGAAAAACAUGCGACGUGCAGCUGGAGAGAUCAAUUCAGGAUUUUUAUCAAGGAUGUGCGCCGCUCUACGGGCCGAAAGGAAGGGUGCUGUGCUGCCCCUACGGCUGGAUUUGUCCCGAUGGUUCUGAAAAUAUCCAAGGGCGCACUAAAACAGACGACUCUUGCAAAUUUGGAGAAAAGUAUUUAAAAAUCGGAGACUCAGUCGAGAAACUGAACGUUAAGAACGGAUUUGGCGAAGUUAUAAGAAAAAUUGUGUGCGAGUGUGUGCUCCCCCCGCUGUUGACCUGUAAUGUCGUUCUUACCAACUUAUCACAAAUAAGUUUAUAAAUUAUUAUCAAUAUUUUUUACACUUUUUCUCGUUAAAUCGUUAAAACAUCCUUUAGAGCGCAUUCACCCCAGGCAAUAAAAGAUUCAUAUAUUGA